CAUUGAACAGGUGUCACUCUUGGUAUCCUCUUUAAUGCUGUGUCAGGCUCGAGCUCAAGCUGCCGUCGUUGUAAAAGACAGCUAACAGAGCACCAUGACAGCUCUACUGGAAAUGCUCGACAUCAACACAGGCCUUGCUUUAGGCGUUGUCGUGUUGUCGUUGUUGUGGUGGCUUUCCGUCAGACGACCUGCAGGUGCACCUCCAGGACCUUGGCUGGCUGUACCACUGCUGGGUCACCUGCUGCUGAUGAUGAUGAAGAAAGAUACUCGGCAGCAGUUCGCAGCAUGGCGACGACAGUACGGCGACGUGUUCAGUCUGUACCUGGGCAGCCAGCUGGUGGUGGUGCUCAACGGCUACAAAGUCAUCAAGGAUGCAUUAGUAAAAAAUGCCGACGCCUUCUCCGACAGGCCUAAUAGUUUUAUAUUGGAUAUUAUAACGGACAGCAAAGGAGUUUUGGACACCUCUGGUGCGGUGUGGAAAGACCAAAGAAAGUUGCUAUAGACAUCCUACGUGAGCUAGGGAUGGGCAAAAACGUGCUGGCGGUAAAGUCCAAGAAGAGAUCAAAGAGUACAUCAGGG